AUGCUUGCUGACCUAGCUCGGCCCGUCAAUGAUCUGUUCCCAUGCCGAAUCGGUCAAGGUGGUCUUUCUGAAAGAUGGGGAGAUCAACAGAAGAAAGCCAAUUUAACCCGACCAGAACUAAUCCAUGACCCGGUUGCAGAGUUAACAUUGGGGGCUUAG